AUGGAGGUAAGAGAGGGAAGAAUAGGGAACGCCUUUGCUUGCGAGCGAUGUAGGAAGCACAAGGUGAGAUGCGUGCCCUCCGAUACCCAGGGAAUCUGCCAGAGGUGUCAGAAAGCCCGGGUCGAGUGUAUUGAACAUGUUGCGCGACGGAGGCCAGCAAAGCCCAGGAAUGUCGUACAGACGCCGAAUCGAGUGGCCGAAAUGGAAAAGAAGCUGGACAAGCUUUCCGCCAUUGUUACGGCUACUUCUGCGCCGAGCUCCGCGCCUCAACCUCCUCUCCCUCCGGUAUCUACCUUUCCUUCUCAGGUGCCAGAGAUAGCUCAGCGUACGCCAACUCCAGCUCCUGCAGUACCAACAACCCCUACCCCUUCUGCAUCCAAGACUCCCAUCCUGCCGAAUCUCGGAUCUACCCCUGAGUCGGCUUUAUCGUUCUGGGAGUCUAUUAACGACACCAUUUCUGGAUUAGGACGCCUUGAUCCUGUCCUACGAUCUAUCAGCGUGAUUCAUAUGCAGCUGCUCUUGGAAAGCUACCGAGCCAUGAUCGACUUCUUCCCGUUUGUGACAUUACCAAAGGAGUGUUUCUACCGGGAUUUGAUCCAGAAGCGACCGAUAUUAAUGUUCGCCGUACUCACAGUGACAUCGUAUGACUCUUCAUUGCUGCAGCUUACGCUAAGCCGGGAGUUUCGCAAGGUAGUCACCGUGAAGAUCAUGAAUGGAGAGAAGAGCUUGGAUCUGUUGCAAGGAUUAUUAGUCUUUAUAGCUUGGCAUCAUCACUACAUGGACCCGCAGGCGGUAUCCAUACAGAUGCUUCUCCAGAUCUGCAUCGGCAUAUCGGGUGACCUUGGCUUGGACAGUAUAUCGCCAGCUACUGCGUAUCACAAGGAAGAUCCACAGAAUAGAGAGGCAAAGAGGGCAUAUCUGGGAUGUUACUACUUGUCUUCGAACCUUGGCAUGAUGGAGAUAAGUAAGAACCGGGGCUUGUCGCACUCUGUUAUACUCCGGAACUAUGCCUCAGAGCUGGCCUCUGCAUGGGAAUUCAAGUCCGAUUCGGUUUUGCUAGCCCUCGUUGAGACUUGCCAGUUCAUGGAAGAUGUGGAAGAGACGUUUUGUAAUCAGUCUGAGCAGGCGCUGGUCGCCAGGUCUCAGGUGAAGCGCCUCAGUGACAAAUGGGAUAAUAUGAGAAUUUCAUCGCAGCAACUAGCGGCUGACUUCAAAACUUUGCAGUGGGUGCAUAUGGCUUCUCGAGUUCGCUUAUACAGAAGCGCCAUGUCCCUAGAGCUUCUGGACCGGGACAGCACAUCAUGGGCCUCCGGUUUUCAACUGUCCUUGCGUAUCACGGGUCUUCGGUCCAUCGAGCAAUUCCUCGACAACAGCGUUCAAAUGGCAACUAAUCAGUAUGAGUUUUUGUCAAUCAUCGACUGGCUAAAUCUAAUCUCCGCCCUCACUGCACUCGGAAAACUCGCCGUUCAUUCCACGCAAAUCCCAGGAUGGGAUCCGGCCGACCUUCAACUAGGAAAAACAUUUGAACACUUCCAAGAGCACUUAUGUUCUCAGCUCCCUCGACCACUCGAUAGCCAGGAGCGCAAGGCAGAGGAUGUCUUCGACCGUUUUCGACGAAUCACCGCCAUCAUGAAGAUGGCUCUGAAGAGCGUACCAGGGCGUUCAAGCCCGAAUGGAUCGACCUUUGAGAUAACAACCAGCUCGAGACAGACAGUAUCAUUGCUUCAAGACUUGCCACCCCUUAAACCGAAUGGAAUUGCCAACGGUACCGAUCUGCCAGCACCGUGGAAGGUCAAUCCAACUUUCGAUAUGUCGAGCAAUGAAUUCCCUUGGAAGUUUCUCAUGGGGACACUUUAG